AGACCUCGCUUGAGAAGCCGCUGUCCCAGGUACCUCGUGUGCGUGCAGCCACAGCCCCGCAGCUGGCCCCUAAAGCUCUUGGCAACGCCCAGUGCAGUAGGUGGGCGCAUCAGUGCCCACUUCAGAGGCGCAGCCUAUCCUGCAGAUAAAGGUGAGGCACGGGUCUUAGGCUCACAUAGCCCAGAGGGAAGGGUCACUCAAAGGUAGUGCUGGAGCAGGGUUCAAAUGCAGGGGCCUGAGUGGCCCUAGCUGAGGGCCCCGACCCACCGCUGCAGCCUGGGGGUUGAAUAUGGUUGUAUAAACCUGGGCUGUUGCCGUCAGAUGGGAUCUCACCAUGAAGGAAUGCUUUGCAACCUUGCUGGCUGGUUGCCGCUGCCUCUGCUCACAGGGUCAUGGGGCGGGGGUCCCUGGCUGGGCAAAGCUUGUGGAUUGCUCUGGGUGUUGGUGAGAGCUGGUGGGAGCCACCUGUGACUGUGCCAGCUGGACUCUGCAAACAUGGACAGUGGGACAAGCCUGUGAGAGCCUCUCACACUUAAAUCCCUCACUGUGGCCAGAGGAAUGAAGAGAAGGGGGAGAAUGGGGUCCAAAUGGGCACCAGGGUGGGCAGGCUCCCAAAGGCCUCCUGGGGUAACAGGCAGGACAAGGAGCCUAGGGGUCUUGGAAUAUGAUCAGGUGCCUCCCAAGCCCUGUCCCAGCCACUCUGCCCCAGAAAGUCCAAGCUGUGCCCAGAAGCCCCUCAGAGGAAGGGGAUAGCCUCAGGCCAGUCAGACUGCCCAGGGAGGGCUGCAGAGGUUCUAGAAGGUGGGUGGGUGGGCUGCAGGUUCUUGGAAGGGUUCGUUAAUGAAAACCCCCGAGCCUGACCACCUGGGGAAAAGGCUCGUGGUUCCCAUGUGUAGCUGAUAAGAGCCAGGAGAUUCCACAGUUCAGGUAGUUCCCCCGCCUCCCUGGCGUUUUGUGGUCACCAUUAAUCAUUUCCUCUAACUGUGUAUAUAAGAGCUCUUUUGCCAGUGAACCCAGUGCUCAGAGAGAAAGGCUAAAGUCCUCAGGAGGAUGUGGCUGCAGAACCUGUUUCUCUUGGCCACUGUGGCCUACAGCAUCUCCGCACCCACAGGCAGGCCUGUCACCAGGCCCUCAAGGCACGUUGAUGCUAUCAAUGAGGCACUACGCCUCCUGGAGGACAGUGAUGACACUGCUACUGUGAUGAAGGCAGUAAAUGUCGUCUCAGGAAAGUUUGACCCCCAGAAGCCGACAUGCCUGCAGACCCGUCUGCGCCUGUACAAGCAGGGCCUGCAGGGUGGCCUCACCAGGCUCGACGUUCCCCUGGACACAAUGGCCAAACACUAUGAGAAGCACUGUCCCUCUACCCUGGAAACUGCUUGUAAUGAGCAGACUAUAACCUUCGAAAGCUUCAAAGGAAACCUGAAGGAAUUUCUGCACAUCAUUCCCUUUGACUGUUGGAAGUAGGUCUAGGAGUGAGGCAGGCCAGUCUACCACCCCCGGCCCCUCCAGCCAGGGGCCUGCCCCGGGACCCUCCCUCCCAGGCCGCUGCCCUCUCCCACACGCACAGAGCCAGAAACUCAGGAUCUUCGCCUUGGAGGGACCAUGGGGUGGGCCACACCCAUGGGGGCAAUGGACCUGUCCUGGGCCAUGCUGACCCUGAUGGGGGUAUGGUAGAGUGAGGGACGUUUUACACUGGCAGGGAUCUUUAAUAUUUAUUUAUGUAUUUAUCUAUAUAUAUAUUUAUUUAUUUAUUUAUUUAAGCUUAUACUCCGUAUUUAUUUGAGAUGUUUUAACCAUAAUAAUAAGUUAUUAAAAGUCUCUUUUUACUUGUGUAAUUUUUCUGAUUUAUUUUCAACAUUAAGCAAAUGCUGGUGGUGCCCCUUGUCCCCACAGGGCAGGGAGGGGAAGAAGCAGGAGGGUGGGAUAGGGGUCUAGAGCGGGCUGGGUGCUGUUCGAGGGGCAACCCCGUGAGAGCUGAGAGGAGGUGACCACUGGGCCGCGUAGAGCAUUCUGAGCACCUGAUGGGCUUCUCUGGGUGCCCAAGGCCUCUCACUCUAGGUUUGCCUGAAAAUCCCAGCGACCAGCCCAUCUGGAACUGUGGCCCAGAGAAGGGGCAUCUUCUUUCCCGGGUGUUGGCUGGUCAUUAGCUGCACAGGCUUGCCCUGCCUAUAGGCAAACCACCUGUGUCCCUCAGAGGCCCUGGGCCCUGUCCCCCCAGCCCCUGCCCACACACAUACCAAGGCUGCAACCACUCCCAAGGUAAAUCAACAAACAAACUGUUCAGAGAAAAAGAAACCAAACCACAGGGGUCAGGGCUCAGCACAUUUACCAAAUUUUCCCCAAAAUAGAUGAUCUUAAUCUUCGAGAGUCAGAAUGUAAGUUCAUAAUUUGCUGGUGCAUGGGUCUAGUGUGACGAUUUUCUGAACUGGUUUUUAUUUUUACACGAAGCUUUGAACCCAGUCAGGCACUUUCUCCUAAAAUCCAUGGCUUUCAGACUGAAAAAAUAGUUGUCUUCGCUCCUCCCCCUUGCUUUGCCAGCCAGGCUGGAGGCCUUGUUCCUAAGCCUGGUCCCCUGUGUCCCUCCUGGGGACUGUGGAGGAGUAGGUGUGUCCCAAAGUCUCAGGUGGGCAGUGGGGGCUGACCUUCUGCCGACAGGUGGACCUGGGGAUGCUGGCCCUCUCUGCAACCAUCUGGGUGCAAGGCGUGGCCCACUUGCUCUUCUGCCCAGGCAGCACCUGCAGACAGCCCCAGUCCUGGCCAAAGACCCACCCCAAACUGCGGCAGAAAGGUCAUGACUCCAGUUGUGAUUACAAAUAAAAGUUCUUAGACCAAGCCUGAAUUUUAGUAAAGACAAGGAUCCAUGAAGUAUGCUGUGGGCAUGGAAAAUGCACGAAAAGCACAUCUUGCCCAGUGAUAAGGUCCUCUCAGUCUUCGUUGUAAACCAACGAUGACUGAUAAGAGAUUUAGCGUUUCCUCAGACUCACAUAUAUAGGUACCGUGUUCCCACAGAAAUGCUGCCAAGCCCAGGGCUCAGAUCGGCUCAUAGCCGCCUGCAGCAGUACCAUGCACCUCUGCGUGCUCCUGGCUUGGACACUCUGGGUGUCCGGAAGCCAUUCUGCCCCCAUGAAGAUCACCACUGCAUCUCUCCUUGAAAACCACACAGCCAUCUGCGCUGAGAUUCAGAAAGAACUUUCAGCUGACAACAGUACGUACAAUGGCUCCUUCGAUAGGCCCCAGAACACCAGCGAGGAGCUCUGCUAUGGAAAGUUUACAAAGAACUUCAUCUCCACCCUCAAGAAUGUAUCCGAACUUAACAAAGAAGACUGUCACAUAAACAAGGUUUAUAAGGACAUGAAAGAACUCACCACAAUCUGCACAAAGUUGAAACCAACAGAAUUGCCCAAGAACUGUACUAUUGAGCGAAGCAGUUUUUCACAGUUCAAGAAAGCUUUACAGAGUGUUGUCAUAUCCAUAGAAGGAUGGAAAUCAUGUAAUACAAUCAAGGGCAGCCUCUAGGAGCCAGUCCUCUCGGGAGCCUGGUGCACACUGUUAAAGCUGCAAGAAAUGGGAUGAGGGGAGCUUCAGAACAAUCUCUGCUGGGAUGGGGGGGUGGUUUGCUGGUGCUGGCUGCAGAGAAGGCCAUGAGUGGGUAAAAGGGGUGGAGGUGGCUGAGGAAACUUUUCUGUAACUGAUACAUCAGCACCUGCUGUUUCAAUAAAGUCCAGGGUGUGGAAAUGCUUGUAAGGGAGAGUCAUGAUAGAGUCCAGCCUCACCGGGCCCAGGGCCCCAUAGGCUGAGAUGUGGUGGGGGGUGAGGAUCCGGGUCUCUCAGGAGGAGCCUCUGGGCCAGGCACAGGUAGGGGGGAGGUUGGGAAUCACCUCUUUGGCCCUCCCCUGUUUCUCAGUGCCAGUGGGCACCCAGUAGAGGCUCUGUUGCUCUCUAUGCAGCCAAGAAGACAACAGGGGCCACUGGCUGUUUUACUUGCCCCCUCCCCUUCUCCCUGUGUCCUUCAGAAUGUGAACAGUCCUUUACCAGAUCUCCUCCUCUGCUUCAGUCAGCACCCAUCACCCUCAGACUUAGGGUCAAAACCUACCUCGUUGUUUUCUAUGACAGCUCCUGGGGGGCUAGAAGUCUAAUUUAUCCUAUUCCCUAUCCUUGCCCCACCCCUAAGCCCAUCGUCUACGUGGUGCCACAGAAGUAGCAGUCCUGGUAAAUGGCUCAAGGAAAUGGGGGUUUUCAGGCUGUUCGCAGAGGACUCGGCACAGUGUGGAAGGGGCCCAACAGGAUCCAGGGAUAUCCCCAAAGCCCCAGCCCCCAUCCAGACCAGCGCAGAGCAUCUGACCUCAAAGCAAAGUCACUUACCUGGCCUGCAAAGCCCCUUACAACCCUCUGAUGUCUCCUUGGCAUAAAGGCUGUCUUCUCCACUAGUAACACCCUCAUACCCCAGAGCCCUGGGCAUGACCUGUGUCAAAUCUGCCAGCAGCUCAGGUCCUGGAGGGCACCCAGACUGGGCUACAGGCUUUGACCCCCACCCUCAAUUCUAACCCUAACCCUAAUCAUUUGGAUGGUUUAUUGGAGGUGACUGGGAUGAUUACUCCACAAUGCAAACAGCAAACAGCUUCCUACACCAACUGUGAAACUUCCCAGACCACGAGUUCCUUCACUAAACCAGGACAGAUGAAAAUCUGUUUGUUCUGGAAUAUAAUAAGGUAUCAAACUGCAACCUCAACCUGGUCCUGGCAGACCUGCAGGAGUCUGCAUCAUCUAUCCAUUGAGAGAUCUUGACGAACAUGAUGCUUCUGAUAGUGCCUGUAGCUAGCAUGUGGCAACCACAGAUCUUCACAGCCCCGUCCCUUGCCCCAGGAUUCCCGGGUCACUCCCUGCUUGUCCCUGCCUUGAAGGGCUGUAUCAGGCUGGGGGCCAGCAAGUGUGACUGAGUGAAUUUGCCAAAUUAUUUCAUAACAUGGAGGGUGCUCCUGUGGCAGAGCCAGGGACCGAUGGUGGUUUUGGCCCUCAGAAAGCCCAUGAUCCAUUUGCAAGGGACUGUGAGCUCCUGUCCUUUGGGUACUCUACAUGGAUACUCAGAGUUCCCAAGGCCAUUCCUCUGUAACUGGCAGUAGAGUCUGUGGGGUGCAUGGCUGGCUGGGCUGCUGGGGUACGUUAGCCGGAAGAACUGCCAAUUUACUGCCCCAGCCUUCUCUUAGCCUGUAUGAGGCCCCCUAGCCUUGCGCUCCUGACAAUGCCUGAGGUACCUGACAGUAGAGGGCUGGGGCUUCUGUGUACAU